AUGUUCAAUGACGCUUUAAUGGUCGGAAGUCCUAACUUUAACGACAGGCGAUUAAAGCCCGGGCUUUUGACGGUAGAAGAAGCAAAGAAAAUGCCACCGACAACAUUUGGUAUUACAGGUUACGAUCCACUCCGGGAUGAAGGGCUAUUAUAUGCAAAGUUCCUGACUGAACAAGGUGCGCCCACCAAUGUUCAUGUUUUCAGAGCCUUACCGCAUGCUUUUCGUAUGCUUGGAGACAAAUUGUCGGCAAGUUCUGGGUGGGAUUAA